CUAAUAUAAAUUGUUUGGAAUUGGGACUAGUCGAUCAGUAAUAACGGCACGCUGAACUUGAGAAUAAUUUGGAAAUUCGUAUAGAUUAAAAAAUGUCGGAUUGGGCACAGAAAGCAGAGGAUCAAGAAAUAUCUAGAUUGGUUAACAAUCUAGAGAUAAAAAAGGAUGAGAAGGAUACGUUGGUCGAAAGAGCUGACGUCGCAAGCGCGGCUGAAACAAGUUUGCUAUUAAAAAUUAUUCGCAAAGGACUGGUUGAAUCGAACUUGGAUUUGGAAGUGCAACGCAAGGACCCUAAAUCACCCUUACAUUCCGUUAAAACUUUCGAAGCCCUUCAUUUAAAACCUGAAUUGCUUAAAGGGAUUUAUGCUAUGGGCUUUAAUGCUCCUUCAAAGAUACAAGAAACUGCACUUCCUACUUUACUUGCGGACCCGCCACAAAAUAUGAUAGCCCAAAGCCAAUCUGGAACAGGAAAAACGGCAGCGUUCGUUUUAGCUAUGCUAAGUCGCGUAGAUACCAAAUUGGAUUUCCCACAGGUUCUUUGUAUUUCACCCACAUACGAACUAGCAAUUCAAACGGGGGAGGUUGCUGCUAGAAUGGCGCAGUUUUGUCCAGAUAUUAAACUAAAGUUUGCAGUCCGUGGCGAAGAAGUUACUCAUAAUUGCAAGCUAAAGGAUCACAUAGUUAUUGGGACACCUGGAAAAAUAUUAGAUUGGGGAUUAAAAUACCGCGUUUUCGAUUUGAAAAAAAUACGAGUAUUUGUUCUGGAUGAAGCUGAUGUAAUGAUUGCAACGCAAGGCCAUCAUGAUCAAUGCAUUCGCAUCCAUAAGCAAUUAUCUCCAAAAUGUCAAAUGUUAUUUUUUUCCGCUACUUAUGAUAAAGAAGUUAUGAAUUUCGCUCAGCAUAUUGUGCCGGAUCCAACAAUUAUAAGACUUAUGCGUGAGCAGGAAUCACUUGAAAAUAUCAAACAAUAUUACGUUAGAUGUAUGAAUGAGGAGGAUAAAUACAAUGCUAUACAAAAUAUUUACGCCGGAAUAACAAUUGGACAAGCUAUAAUAUUUUGCCAUACACGCAAAACCGCAGGAUGGCUAGCUGGCAAGAUGUCAUCCGAUGGCCAUUCGGUUGCUGUACUCUCUGGAGAUUUGACUGUGGAGCAACGACUUGCUGUUUUGGAUCGAUUCCGAGCUGGUCUUGAAAAAGUGCUCAUUACAACAAACGUACUUUCUAGAGGAAUUGACAUCGAACAAGUUACAAUCGUUGUAAAUUUCGAUUUACCGAUGGAUGCAAAGGGAAACGCUGAUUGUGAGACCUAUUUACAUAGGAUCGGUCGUACUGGAAGAUUUGGUAAAAAUGGCAUUGCGAUCAAUCUCGUGGAUGGAGAGAAAGCCAUGAGCAUUUGCAAGUACAUUGAAAAUCACUUUAAGAAAACUAUUCAGCUGCUUGACACAGGGAACUCAGAUGAAAUUGAAAAAAUUGGAUAUUAAAAAAUAUCGCUAUUUACAUACAUA